ACAACCCAUCCACGUGGCUUGGCUGUAAUGAACAAAUUGCCAAUGAGAAGGAUAUAAACAGAGGUUCCGAGAGACUGCAGAAAUCGCGAAUAAAAAAAGUUUUGGUAUUGAAUGUCUGUGCAAGUUUCCUUUUCAGUUAUGAAAAACAUGAUUCUUUUCUCGACUCUUGUUUUGCUUUUUCGACUUGCAUCAUAUACUUGCAAAGCACAAAAGUGUAAUUUGGAAGGAAAAUGGAUAAAUGAUCUUGGAUCCAACAUGAUUAUUUACAAGAGAAAUAACAAGGGAAUCUUCUUUGGCUCAUACUUCACUGCAGUGACAACAGAAAAGAACGUGAAAAUUACUCCAUCGCCCAUCUCUGGAGUUGUACAUAAUUCUUCUGAGCCGGUAUUUGCUUUCCUUGUUAAGUGGUCUUUCUCAGAUUCUAUAACAAGCUUUACUGGCCAGUGCUUUGAUGGCAAGGGUGAACGUCUUGAAACCAUGUGGCUACGCAGAGCAAAAGCAAAAUCCAGUAAAGAUAACUGGGUGGCAACCAG